AUGACAGAAAAGCACGCAGAGCCGAAAGGCUUAAACACGAAGAUAGGCGAGCUCUCAAAGGCACUGCGGGACGUGUCCGCUGAAAGGGACAUCCCCACAGAAGAAAAGGCCAACUUGGAAAACGCCCUUUACCUCAAAUUGUACGAAGAAAAAAAAGGCAUCAUCACCGAAUUUUUGAAUAAAGAAAAGAAAAAGGUGUACGACCAAAUGGAGAGCUUUAAAAAUGACGCGCUCAAAAAAAUUAACAUAAUAAAUGAAAAAAACGAAGACGUAAAAAAGCAGGCAGAUAUAUUGACCACGGAGAGGAACAAAAAUUUGUGCUUCAUCAAAAACUUGGAAGCGAAGCUUGAAAAUAUUAAGAAGGUCAUCAUGUGA